AUGGUUUUCUGUGCUUAUAGGAUGCUUAUCCUCAUUCUCUGUAUUGGGUUCUUAGUUGUUCAACCUGGAAAGGUUUCUGGCAUGGCAAGCAUUGACCAUGUCCUCAGAUGGGAGAAACAAGAACAGGGGCCAGUGCAGAACUCGCGUGUUCUUAAGGCUGUCAUGGAGGAGCUGAACACCAAGAAGAAUUUGGCACCUGCAGCACCUGCAACUCCAAAAUUUGAUUCCAACAGGUCAAGCAAAAGAGGAGUUCGAAGAGGAUCAGAUCCCAUCCACAACAGGAGUUAA